AUGGGUGUCACCGGCCUCUGGACGGUCGUGCAGCCCUGCGCCCGCCCCAUCAAACUCGAAACGCUCAACAAGAAACGACUAGCUGUCGACGCGUCGAUCUGGAUUUAUCAAUUCCUGAAAGCGGUGCGAGACAAAGAAGGCAAUGCGCUCCGAAAUUCUCACAUCGUUGGAUUCUUUCGCCGCAUAUGCAAGCUGCUGUAUUUCGGGAUCCGCCCCGUCUUCGUCUUCGAUGGCGGAGCCCCGGUUAUGAAAAGGCAGACCAUUGCUGGCCGAAAGAAGAAACGCGAGGGUCACAGGGAAGAUGCUGUGAGGACUGCGGGAAAGUUGCUUGCCGUACAAAUGCAACGCAGUGCGGAAGAGGAGGACGCUCGUCGACGCAAUAAAAGCCAGAGACAAGAGGAGGAAGAGGUGCCAGAUGCUCCUGUCUACGCAGAAGAGGCUUUUAUGACAGAGACAGAAAAGCAACAAUCUCGCAAGUUCAAGAAGAAGGAUGCGUACCACCUACCUAAUCUAGAUGUCUCGCUUCAGGAUAUGGGAGCACCAAACGAUCCACGCAUCAUGUCCCAAGAGGAACUGGAGGAAUAUGCUAGACAUUUCCACCAGGGACAAGAUAUCAACCUUUACGACUUUUCUAAAAUCGACUUCGAUAGCAUGUUUUUCCUUAGUCUGCCCCCCACUGAUCGCUAUAAUAUCUUGAAUGCAGCAAGGCUAAGAAGCCGACUUCGAAUGGGUUAUUCGAAAGAACAGCUAGAUACCAUGUUUCCCGACCGCAUGGCAUUCUCGAGGUUUCAAAUCGACCGUGUCGCAGAACGUAAUGACCUUACGCAACGAUUAAUGAAUUUAAGCGGCAUGAACGGAGACGAAGCAUUCUACAAGUCUGGGCAGCGCAUCGCAGGAGAACGUGGCAGGGAAUACGUACUUGUCAAGGAUCGUGAACACGAAGGUGGCUGGGUCCUAGGUGUUGUGGGUAACCGGGAAGGCCACGAAGAAAAGCCCAUCGAUCUAGAUCGACCUGAGAUACUGUCUGAAGAGGAUGAGGUAUCUGACGAAGAUGAGUUCGAGGACGUUCCAAUCGAAGGUCUGAACCGACUUCCGAAACUUCCUUUCCUUCAAGAGGGCGUAUUCGACAGGUCGCUUCAGCUUGAAACCGACGAAGGUUUUGACAUGAGAAGGGCUAUACAAGAAUCGCGCCAUAUUGCACAGCGACAGUCAGUGAAUGAUCGUGUACAAGAGGUUGAGGAUGAUUCGCUUUUUGUGGAAGCAGGAAAUAUUGGCGCACAGCAACAGAACAACGACACCGAUGAUUUCUUUGAUGGUGAUGACGAUGACCUCGAACAAGCUAUUGCCCUCUCGUUACAACCAGAUAUACUCGGCGACGAAGAUAUGCCUGAUAUGCCCAUUUCUCGACCGGUCGAACCAGCUCCAUCUUAUGGGAUAGUGCCAGAUCUUGAAUCCGAGAGCGAUGAUGGAAUGGACUUUUCAGCCGCCAUAGCAAGGACGAAGGUUGCGAAGAAGGCCUCAUAUGCACCAAAUCCGUUCGGUGGUCCUCUCCCUUUCGAAUCCAUCAAACUCACCAAAGUCACGAAAGACAAUGAUAAAGCUGGCGAGAUUGAUGAAAAUGCAGGGGGUUUCAUGAAGGAGCCUACAAAGAAACCGAAACAGAUGGACCCACUUCCUCCAUGGUUUGUUGGUGAGCGCUCGGAUGUGGGAUUCAUCGUUGAUCCCAUUGAAGAUCCUGAAAAGGAUGAGCAACUUGCGGCAUCAGAUCAUUUGUUCCUCUCCAAUCGUCGCUCGCCGGAAAUUAUCGAUGUUGACGAAAUUUCCGCCACCAACGAAGUCGUUGAUCUAGAGGAGAAGGAGAAGGAAGAGGAAGAGGAAGGGGAGGAAGAACAGAAAGAGAACCCCAGACAAGUCUUUCAAUUGGAGGACAUUGAAAAGGUUUACAAUGAACUUUCUACAUAUCCGGAUGAGAAGCCUUUGAGCGAACCAGCUCUACCUCCGAUUGAUAGAAAUAUUGAUGGGCCGUCCGCACGCACCGAGCCUUCUCUUUCGCCAGAAUUUGAAGAUGUUGUCCCUCAGCGACCCACCCAAGGCCCCGAGAUCACCGUUGUAUCCCAUCAAAAGGCCCCACCCCAGCCCCAGCCCCAGCUCUUCGAAGAGGUCGACCGAGUGGAGGAUUUCAUGCAGGACCAAGCCGACUACAGUGACCCGGAGGAUGAAGAGCUGUUCAAGCAGCUUGCAGCUGAGGGCGAGGAGCAUGUGCGAUUUGCCAAUACUCUUAAUUCUACUGCUCCCAAUCAGGAAGCCUUCGACUACGAGCAAGAACUAAAACAACUACGGUCUCAGCAGAGAAAUGAACGUCGUGAUGCAGACGAGGUGACUACUAUUAUGAUCAAUGAGUGUCAACAGCUUUUGACGCUCUUCGGGUUACCUUAUAUCACGGCGCCUAUGGAAGCUGAAGCGCAGUGCGCCAAAUUGGUCUCGCUAGGCCUUGUGGACGGGAUUGUCACGGACGACAGUGAUAUCUUCCUCUUCGGCGGAACACGGGUCUACAAAAACAUGUUCAAUCAAAGUAAAUUCGUCGAAUGCUACUUGACUUCGGAUUUGGAAAAAGAGUAUGCCCUCCAUCGACAGAAGCUUAUUAGCUUUGCCCAUCUCCUGGGCAGCGAUUACACAGAGGGCAUUCCCGGGAUUGGUCCUGUCACAGCUCUAGAGAUCCUCACCGAGUUUUCCAGCCUCGAAGAGUUCCGUGAUUGGUGGACUGAAUUGCAAAUGGGUACGAAUGCUGCGGAAAAUGCUCACCUUGCCUUCCGGAAGAAAUUCCGAAAGAAGGCAUCCAAGAUCUUUUUGCCUCCUUCAUUUCCUGAUACCAAAGUUGAUGAGGCAUACCUGGAACCCACGGUUGACGACGACCCUUCCCAAUUUCAAUGGGGUAUUCCUGAUUUGAAUGGGUUACGGGCCUUCCUCAUGACCACAAUCGGCUGGAGCCAAGAGCGGACGGAUGAAGUCCUGGUACCAGUCAUUCGCGAUAUGAAUCGGCGAGAGCAGGAAGGUACACAGUCCAAUAUCACACAAUUCAUGCAAGGCCCACAAGGCGCGGGUGCAUUUGCGCCUCGUGUUCGUGCAGGUGGACCUAGUCGCAUGGAAAAGGCAUUUAGUCGACUGCGCCAGGAAGCUCAGUCAGGCGGAACCUCGCUAGAUGGCGAGCAAGCUAUCGGGGACGGAGAGGGAGUAGAAGAAGCCUCUGUUUCGCAAAGUAAAGGCAAAAGAGGUGGCUCAACCACCAAGCCCAAGGCUGGCACGAAUAAGAAGCGAAAGACCCGUCGUGCCAACUCUCCUGAACCAUGA